ACUUCACAAUGUAAACAGUCGCUGCUGGAAUGAACAUGUUUAGUAAAAGUCGAGGAUUUCGAGGCUUCCAAACGACUUAAAAUCCAGACAGAGACUGCACACGUUGGUCGUAUGUAUCAAUUUAAAACACCCACCUGCAGCCCGCACCUGUAACGUUAGCUAAAUUGUCGGUUGGAAAGCACUGGUUUGAAUCUUGGCUAGCUAACGUUAACAGGAUAGCUAGCUAAUGUUACACAUCAGUGGCUCCUUGUUGCCCUUAGAAAUUAGCCAAGGUCUAACGUUAUAAAUAUGAUUAAGUGUUUGUCAAAAGAAGUUCAAGGUAAGCUUCGGUCUGGAAUAGCAAUAUUUUCAUUACAGCAGUGUCUUGAAGAGCUUAUUCUGAACAGUAUUGAUGCUAGUGCAACAUGCGUGGGUGUGAGGGUGGACAUCGAAGCCUUCAAAGUGCAGGUUAUAGACAAUGGCUCAGGGAUGGACAUAGAGGAUAUGGAGUCUGUAGGAAACAGAUACUUCACAAGCAAAUGCAGUUCUUUAGAGGACCUAGAUCAUCUCAAAUUCUAUGGAUUCAGAGGAGAAGCUGUUGCCAGUAUUGCUAAUCUCGCCAUGCUGGUGGAGAUAUCAUCCAGGACCAAAAUGUCUGUGAAGACUCAUGUGAAAGUCUUCAAGGAUGGUAAAGGCUUGGACGUGUUUGAGGCUGAGACUACCCGCCCAUCUGCAGGGACAACUGUUGUUAUUUGUAACUUCUUCCACAACAUGCCAGUGAGGAGAAACAGGAUGGAUAGCGUGCUGGAGUUUGAACGGAUCAGGCAGAGAGUGGAGGCCAUUUCACUCAUUCACCCCUCUGUCUCUUUCACGCUGAAGAAUGACUGCACAGGGACCAUGGUGGUGCAGCUCUCCAAAGCCCGAAACACUUACUACAGGUUUGUUCAGAUCCAUGGUUUAGGUAGGGCCCAAAAGCUUGGGGAAAUCAACCACUCCCAUGCACAGUUUGAAGUAAGUGGUUAUGUAGGACGAGAAGGCCACUACAACAACACCUUACAGUUCCUCUAUGUGAAUGACAGGCUACUUCUCAAAACCCGCAUCCACAAGCUGCUGAACCUUCUCCUACGCAAAGUAGGCAGUUUAAGUCGGCAGAAUGACAGCCCUGGUACACCACCUGCCAUUAGGAGCCCAAAGCAGAGAAGAGGAGCCGAGCUACAUGCAAUGUAUGUCAUCAAUAUCAUGUGCCACUACUCUGAGUAUGACAUAUGCCUUGAGCCCGCCAAGACCCUGAUUGAAUUCAAAGACUGGGAAAGUAUUCUGUUCUGCAUAGAAGAGGCGGUGAAAGCAUUCCUGACAAGAGAGAACUUGGUGAGUGAAAUCUCCCCAGAGGAUAUCCAGGACUACAUUUGUAAGAAUGUGUUUAGUGGCCAAACAGCUAGCACAGAUGGAGUUAAGGACUCCAUUGGCAAAGGUGUCCAAACACACAUGGAGGGUGUUACCCUGGAAUGUAAUGUUGGAAGGACCCUUGCAUCUGAACCUGUUCAUCGACGGCAGACAGAAGACUCUGACAAGAUGAAAAGUGUUUGUCAGACAUGUGAUGGAGUUGAAUCAGAGCAGGGUGACAGAGUAGGAAAACCAAGGGACAAGGAGGUCCUUACGGGUUUUGAACAGGAACAAGAGCAUAAUACCACAAACCCACAAUGUCGACCAAGCUCAGUAGAUACAGACCAAGGUCUACAGUAUGAUUCAAUUACAGAUUCAUCAGUUACGGAUUCAUCAGAGUCUUACAAGGAAGUUACGAAAGAGAAUGAAAGCAAUGCACAUCUGAAAUCUGCUAUUUCUUGUCCUGAAUCAUCUCAGCAUAGUCUUAUCUUUAAGACAAAGGGAGAAAAUCUGAAAAUUAGUAUAGAAGAAGGAACAGAGAUGAAGGAUAAUAAAAGAGAGCAUGUAUCCCUCUCAAGAUGCACUGUGAGAGCACCAUGUUCUCUCACUCAGGGAAUCCAGUCAGAGAUGGGCUCUAUCAAACAGACACUACCUCAACCACAGGACACAGAACUGAAUCCAGGUGGACACAGAAAGAUCUUUCUAUCACAUCCAUACAUUCAUAGCAGUUUACCCUCUCAGAAAUGUCUCUCCCACCAGAGUAGACAAGGGAUAGCGUUAGAAUCUCGAGAUAAACUUGCAACAAAACGAAAAUGGCCUAUGGUGGAGGGCCCAGGCCAUCUUCACGUUUACGACAGAGAAGGUAAGGACCUUCCCACUGGCAUCCCUUCAAAGAUUUCUACGUUCAUGUCAUGUCAAAAGCUUCCUUUAUAUAAAGAGGCUGGAUCUCUGGACAGGUUCAGAAGAAUAUACGGGAAGCUUACCGAAUCCAAUCCAGUUCCUGUCGACGUUAAUAGCAAUUAUUUAGCAAUUGAUGCCACAGCUUCCCAGACCAAACACUUGGUUAUGAAUGCCAAGGCUGUUUUGCCCUAUCUUGAAGCAAAUCAAGAAAGGGAUGUCACAGAGUCACGUCUGGAUCUGAUGAAAGACCACAAAAGCCCAUUAACACUCUCCAUGUUCACCAAACUCAAAUCUCUCUCUGCUCGGAGCAGUGAAAUAUCUUUGGCUGCCAAACUCUCUCAAUUAAAACACCAAAGGACAGAGGUUGCAACCAGUGCAUUUGUACAUCCUCCAGAGACUACUUCAAAUGAGGAUAUAUGUCCCCAGGACACUGUAGAAAACAAUGCUAUUCUAGAAAUCAAUAAUGGAGAACAACACAAUAACACUGGCCAGAAUCGUGACUUCAUCCCGGGCUGCAGUACAAAUCCUCUGCCAGAUGAAAAGGAAGCGAACAAUGUCACAGCAUCAUGUGAUUGGCUGCAUCACUAUGACGAUGCUGUGGGGAAGCUGGUCUACAUCAACAAAGUGACAGGACUCAGUAAAUAUGAAGCACCCUCUGCUGAAGAGACGCAAGUGUCUUGCACGUCAGAUGUCACCAACAUGGCAAUCAGUGUCAUCUCCAAAAAAGGGAUUGAGUACAGGUGUUACCCAUUUCAAAUGGAUCUAGUCUUGCCCUUCCUUCCCAAAUCCAAAGCAGGGAGAGUUCUUAGUUCAGGGCCUGACAAUCGAGAUGACAUUCAGGACUCUAAUUCACUGUCCUCCCUGUACUCUGAGUGGACUAACCCUGUGUUUGCACGACCUCCUAUGGUUGGUGUGGACAUAUCAAGUGUGCAAGCUGAAGGACUGGCUGUGAAGAUCCAUAACAUCCUCUUUCCAUACCGCUUCUCCAAGGACAUGAUUCACUCAAUGAAGGUUAUUCAUCAAGUGGAUAAGAAGUUUCUUGCAUGUCUUAUCAACACACAAGACCAAGAGCCUGCGGCCUGCAGUGAAACUGAUGGGAACCUUUUAGUGUUAGUGGAUCAACACGCUGCGCAUGAGAGAGUUCGUCUUGAGAAUCUAGUUGCAGAUUCGUACGAGGAUGAUCCAGAGGCACCGGGGGAGAGACGGCUAUGCUCAUCCACUGUAGCCCCACCACUGGAGGUCAGCGUGACAGAGGAGGAGCUGAGGCUGCUCAGGUCCUGCCAGCCAUCCUUGAGGGGCCUGGGUCUGGAGAUGCAGUUCUUGCAGAUAGGAGAUCCCCAGGUCCUGGUGGGGAAGGUGCCAAUGUGUUUCACAGAGAAGGAGAGAAAUGAACUCCGCCGGGGGAGGCGUUCUAUCAUCAAGCCCAUAGUGGAGGAGUACCUUCAAGAGCAGAUUGAGUUACUGCGUUCAACUGGCAGAGUGCGAGGGACAUUGCCUCUUACGGUACUUAAAGUCCUCGCCUCCCUUGCAUGUCAUGGUGCAAUCAAAUUCAAUGACAGCCUCAGUAAGAAGGAGUGUUGCAGCCUGGUAGGCGCUCUAUCUUCGUGCCAGUUGCCCUUCCAGUGUGCCCAUGGCCGCCCAUCCAUCGCCCCGCUGGUAGACGUCCUUCACUUGAAUGACCAAGAGGAACCACCUAGACCAAACCUUAGAAAACUGAGAAGAAUGUACAAAGCCUGGGAACUUUAUGGAAAUAGAUAAGUGUGCCAACAUUGUCAAAGGAUAAAAGAUGAAUUUAAAAACAGGAUCUCAUUAAAUGAGAAAUUUAUUGUAAUUGCUCAUCUUUUAAUGCUGUAUAGUCUUUAUAGCUAUAUGGGACACCCAGAGUGAAAGCCUUCUUAUUAAAAAACACAACCAUGUACCUGACAUACUGGGGACACUAUUUUUGCAUAACAAUAGCUGAAUGUGUGAUGGGAGGCUUUGUUCACUCACAAAAAAAUGUAGUGUGUUUAUUGUCAUGCAAUAUUGCAUGAGUACAUCUCAAACCAAUGUAUUUCUAAUCAAAACAGUGCCUGAGAUGAGGCUAGUAAAAAACUUAAGUCUGAAAUAAAUUAAAAUUGUAUACGGGGGCUACUACCCAACUUAAUUUCUCACAAAUUGCACACCAUUUCCUCAACAUGGUCCCCGCUUCGUAGAUGGCUUUAUUCGAUCAGUUUCUUCGCCUUGAAGAAACGCCGUAGGUAGAAGACCUGCCAUGUUGCCAGCCCAAUUAGACAGCACAUAGAGAAGAUACUGAAGUACAAGACACGUAUGUUGGUGGAUUCUGCAAUGUGAGGGAAAAUCUAUUUAACCGAGUAACGUGUCGGUUUAAAUAAACUAAGGUUGUACUCUUCACAAGACAAGGCAAAAAAGAUUGAGAAACAUAUGAAAGACGCUGAACAUUUUCUGGUUGAGUGAAAACAUGGACCGCAAAUAUGUUGCUUUGCACCUUUUUUUUUUUUUUUUCAUAUAGCACUUACCAUUUGUGUCCCUCAUUUCCUCUUCACGCUUCUUCAUGUAGGCAAAGUCAUUCACAAUGGACUCCGACAAGUCUUCGAGGCGUCUUAGUUCAACUUCUAGGGGCUUCAGCUUCUCAACUUUUGCAAUCUGAAAAGAGCAGAAGAAUUAAAGUUGAGCGUACUGUGUCAAAUGGACAUGAGUAUUCUCUCUUCCACCGAAACAUUGCACCAUACAGAAUAAAGCCCCGAUUGACCACUGGAUGUCCUUAGUCACAUUUAAUAGUGUAUAAAAUGUUAGUGUAUGACACUUGUAUUGUGGAGUGGUAAAGAGCUGUGUGAGCAUGCUUUCAGAAAUGUAGUUGAGAGAAAGUUAGUCUUAGGUUGUCUUCACACUUGGUCCCCUUUCAGACAAUUUUUGUUAAGGCAGUUCUUAAUUUUUUGUGCAGUGUGAACACUCCAGAUGAACUCAGAACCCUCAAGAGCCCCCAAACUGAAACCAUCUCGAGAGGUGGUCUGGUUUGGUUCGCUUUAAGGCAAUGUGAACAGAAGGCUCCCCAAGGUCGCUUGUCAUUAUUCCCGGACCAUACACUAGACUACUGCAACAGUUUCCCCUGCCAUAACCCCUCACACUAGACUACUGCAACACGGUUUCACCUGCCAUAACCCCUCACACUAGACUACUGCAACACGGUUUCACCUGCCAUAACCCCUCACACUAGACUACUGCAACAGUUUCCCCUGCCAUAACCCCUCACACUAGACUACUGCAACACGGUUUCACCUGCCAUAACCCCUCACACUAGACUACUGCAACACGGUUUCACCUGCCAUAACCUCUCACACUAGACUACUGCAACACGGUUUCACCUGCCAUAACCCCUCACACUAGACUACUGCAACACGGUUUCACCUGCCAUAACCCCUCACACUAGACUACUGCAACAGUUUCCCCUGCCAUAACCCCUCACACUAGACUACUGCAACAGUUUCCCCUGCCAUAACCCCUCACACUAGACUACUGCAACACGGUUUCACCUGCCAUAACCCCUCACACUAGACUACUGCAACACGGUUUCCCCUUCCAUAACCUCUCACACUAGACUACUGCAACAGUUUCCCCUGCCAUAACCCCUCACAUUGGUGCCACAAAAGAGAGAUGUUCAGAUUCGUGGGGGGAAAAACAUGCUGUUUUUGGAUAUUGAUUAGCAGUUGUCAAGGAUGCACAGACAUUACAAAACAUGUAUCGAGUGUUGUACUGACACGAUGUUCAGAUUAUAUGUUUGCAAUACGUGAUCUAUAGGCUAAGAGAUUCAUAAAUUGUUUAUUUGAAAGUGGGGCUUGAAUAAUGUGAGAAGACAACAUAUUCAGUGAAUCAAUGCUAGCUCUUAAGCGGCAUUGGUGUACAAUUUGCAGUUCUAUUUAUUCUGGUACCAAUAAUACUUACAUGUUAAAUUACAAUUAUAAUCAGAAGAUACAAUCUUAGCAUCAAAUGUGAGUAGGUACAGUCCCAGUCAGAAGUUUGGACAUCUACUCAUUCCAUGGUUUUUAUUUAUUUUUACUAUUUUCUACAUUCUAGAAUAGUGAAGCCAUCAAAACUAUGAAAUUAUGUAGUAAUCAAAAUAUAUUUUAGAUUCUUCAAAGUAGCCACCCUUUGCCUUGAUGACAGCUUUGCACACUCUUGGCAUUCUCUCAACCAGCUUCAUGAGGAAUGCUUUUCCAACAGUCUUGAAGGAGUUCCCAAAUAUGCUGAGCACUUGUUGGCUGCUUUUCCUUCACUCUGCGGUCCAACUCAUCCCAAACCAUCUCAAUUGGGUUGGCGUCAGGUGAUUGUGGAGGCCAGGUCAUCUGAUGCAGCACUCCAUCACUCUCCUUCUUGGUCAAAUAGCCCUUACACAGCUUGGAGGUGUGUUUUGGGUCAUUGUCCUGUUGAAAAAAUGGUAGUCCCACUAAGUGCAAACCAGAUGAGAUUGCGUAUCGUUGCAGAAUGCUGUGGUAGCCAUGCUGGUUAAGUGUGCCUUGAAUUAUAAAUACAUCACUGACAGUGUCACCAGCAAAGCACCAUCACCCCACCUCCAUGGUUCACGUUGGGAACCACACAUGUGGAGAUCAUCCGUUCACUUCCUCUGCGUCUCACAAAGACACAAUUUGGACAGAUUUCCACCGGUCUAAUUGCUCAUGUUUCUUGGCCCAAGCAAGUCUCCUCUUAUUGGUUUCCUUUUGUAGCGAUUUCUUUGCAGCAAUUUGACCAUGAAGGCAUAAUAAUUCAUGCAAUCUCCUCUGAACAGUUGAUGUUGUGUCUGUUACAUGAAUUUUGAAGUUUUUAUGUGGGCUGCAAUUUCUGAGGCUGGUAACUACUGAACUUAUCCUCUGCAGCAGAGGUAACUCUGGGUCUUCCUUUCCUGUGGCGGUCCUCAUGAGAGUUUCAUCAUAGCACUUGAUGGUUUUGUAACUGCACUUUUUCAGAAUUGACUGACCUUCAUGUCUUAAAGUAAUGAUGGACUGUUGUUUCUCUUUGCUUGUUUGAGCUGCUCUUGGUAUUUUACCAAUAGGGCCAUCUUCUGUAUAAUACCCCACCCUUGUCACAACACAACUGAUUGACUCAAACGCAUUAAGGUAAGAAAAUCCACAAACUCACUAAUGAAAAAGCACAGCUGUUAAUUGAAAUGCAUUCCAGGUGACUACCUCAUGAAGCUGGUUGAGAGAACGCCAAGCUGCAAAGAGUGGCUACUUUGUAGACUCAACAUAUAUUUUGUUUUGUUGGUUACUGUACGAUUCCUUUUGUUAUUUCAUAGUUGAUGGCUUCACCAUUAUUCUAGAAUGUGGAAAAUAGUAAAAAUAAAUAAAAAUCAUGGAAUGAGUAGGUGUGUCCAAACUUGAGACUGAUACUGUGUAUCUAGCUGUCCAAUAACACGUUCUGAUGGAAUGGCUUAUACUGCAGUUUGGGUUUUUACAGAGUGCAUUUAGUAAAUGUUCAAAGGUCUUGGUUCCUUAACAUAGAAAUGUGAAUGCAAAGAGAACUCGGACCACAAAAUAGAAUAGGUGAAGUAAACUGGCAAAAGAGUUGAGUCCUCAAAGGCAAGGACAGUGUGAAUACAAAGAACUGAGUUCUUUGGCUUUUUUUUAUUUAUUUUUUUAACUCCAGUGUUCACUUUAGAGGACAGAUUUUAAAGAGAACUGUGAAAGGAACCUUAACCAUCAUUGACAUUAUACAUAUAUAUAUUUUUUAAUGUUGACUCAUGGUCACACCAAAUCUGAUCCAGAUGCACCUGGAGAAAGGCUGACGGGCAGUUGGUACUUACCUCUUCGUAAUUCUUUGCCUCCACACCAUGCUUCAUGUCUAAAUUGACCAGCUGGUCUGUGACCCUCCCAGUACCUAGACCCCAGAAUGAAAAGACUUAUUGUACAGGGGCCAAACAUUCCAGGAAAUGACUAUUCCCUGCUUCUAAAUCCUGCCCAGUCUGCUUUGGCUUAAUCAUAUAUACUCUUAACCCUUGAAGCAAGGCUUGACAUGAACUUUUUUAGCCACUUGUCCAAAAGCUGAAAUCACUUGUCUCCAUCAAAAUAAAAUCAAAAUAAAAGACUACUACACAUUUGGCUCGCAUGCUACGGGAUGGAUGAGAGGAAUCAUGAUAUUGACAAAAGAUACUUAGAAUAUUCAAAAAUAUUUGUCUCCUAUUUUGCGCUGUGGCACGAAAGAUGUGUAGUGGCCUAGGCCUAUCUGUGUGUGCCUAAGCGUGCAGAUGGAGCGAGUGACAGUCAACGAGCUUAGCUGGCUGUGCGUCUUGUGAUUGGUUGUAAAUCAUCAUGGGCUGCAGAGCAACUCUGCUGUCGUCAGCAGAGGCGUAGGCCUGGGUGGGGGCAAUCAGAUUGAGCACUUGUUCCAAACUGGACAUUGUCUUUUUACCUAAGCACAGUAGUCUACUUGCAAGAGCGCACCGGAAUUGAGUACCGUCACUUCAAAUGGUCUACUGCUGGAGUUGCUGCACCUAUACAAUAUUAGCUCAAAAAAUAUAUAGGAGUUCUUGCACCUAAAUAUAAAAUGAUACCGGGACCCAAAAUGAGUACUGGCACCUAUUUCAGUCAAGCACUGGCCUGAACAUGUAUACACCAUCAGAUGGAAUUCCUAGCAAGCAGUAGGGAGGGAAAACUAAAGGGGAGGGAAAACUAAAGGGGUAUUGAUAUUAAUAAUACAUUAUUUGGCAAAUGCCUUUCAGGACACUCAAGGACGUUGUACAUAAAAUCAAUUGUAUUUAGGCCUAUGUAAUGAAUUUGAAUUAUGCUUGAUUAUUUACUGGGGGGAAAAACUAAAUGAAAUGUUAAUUAUAUUCAAUUCAGUUCAAUUUCUAAACAAUGGGCAGGUUCUGGCACAUCACUUCACACCGUGUGUAGGCUACCUACAGUUAGCUAGCUAAGACAAGUAAAAUGGCCAAACUAAGCUCCCAGUAAAAACAUUUUUUUUUUUUGAAGAGACCAUGACCAUGUUGGAGCAUUUGCCAAGUUAUUUGAUAUCAGUGAUUUCCCCAUGAAGGGCCUCCAGUCCCUCCUACUGAUUGCAUUGAUCUAAUCGAGGGACUUAGUGUCAGUACAUUCAGAGACAAUGAUCAGCACUACAAAGCUGUUAUUCAACACUGACUCGCACUCUACCUCCCUCCGCUGACACAUCACCAUCAGUCCAGUGAAAUAACCGUGUUAUUUAAAAUAAUGUUCCGAUGUGCCUCGCAAGUAGGCUACAACAACUGACCUCUGACCAGUGUUAUGUAGUUUUUAAAUAUAAGGCACCCCCGCAGUUUGGGGACCUAGACUAUUGAUCAUUUAAUUGAUCACACAAUACAUUGUAGGUGCACUUGAUCUCCCGCGCCCAGCAGAUAAUUGCAUUUCGACUCAAGCGAUGGACUAAGAAAAGAUUGGUGACCACUAUUCUAGUCUAUCAAUACCUAUUGUGAUUAUUACUGUUAUAACAGGCCAUUUUGUUCUUGUCUCUUAAUUAUAAGCCUACAGUUUGUGUAGGUCUGUGUCACAUGUUAAAUUAAUUUACAUAGGCCUAAAGAUUAUUGCAUUAAUGUAAAUAAGGUAUCUUAUUUUCAAUAAAUUUGUAAAAAUGUAAA